CCGAGAAUCAUCAUACACAUGAUCAUCACUCUGGCUAAUAUGAACUUACACUGACAGUUUCAUCCUCAUCAUAGAAGAUGCACCACCACCAUCAGCAUCAUUUGUCACAGGAAAAAUGCCAAUCUCGUUGUUCCGUGCUGGGCGAUAUAUAACACGGUGGAACAGCUGUGUUACUGGUGGAUUUGGCCUAGUCAAUAGUACCAAUGACUUCAACGCAAGACCUCAUCCCACAUCUUCACCUCGCCAACACAUUUGGUGCAUUGUUUAUCGCAGUUAUCCUUGCAGCAAUUCUCUUUGGUGUCACCAACGUUCAAGCUUUCAUAUAUUUUCAGACGCAUAGUGAUACAGGGAUAACAUUCUACAAGCUGGUCGUCGUAUGGCUUUGGAUACUUGACGCUCUGCAUCUGGCCCUGAUCGUCUAUUCCAUCUAUUUUUACUUAGUAAUCAACUACAUGAACUUUGGUGCGCUCCCAGAAUUCAUAUGGAGUGCCAAACUUCAGUCAGCAGUCGCCGUUGUCGGCAUCUUUGUGGAACAUCUUUUAUAUGUUUAUCGCAUAUGGACAGUUAGCGAGGGCCGUUCAAAGGUUCUGCCAAUCACGGUGGGCGUCGUCGUCGUCCUCACUUCAAGUGUUUCCAUCGCCAUUAUUUGGUUAAUAUAUCAGGAAGUUCACGUAAUGACCGAUCUUAUCAAAAUCGUGUGGAUAUUAUACACGUAUUUUGGCGUUGUUGCCUUUGUCGAUAUUCUUAUUGCAUCAUCGCUAUGUUAUCUUCUCGCUACAUUCCGCACUGGGUUCCCGAGAACGGACUUAUUCAUAUCAAAGCUCCUGAUUUAUAUCAUCAAUACAGGCUGUCUGACGAGUAUGUGUUCAAUGGCGGCUAUCAUUACAUGCGCAGUAAUGCCGAGGAACUACAUAUUUGAAGCUGUCAAAUUUGUACUACUUAAACUAUAUGUGAACUCAUUCAUCGCACUCAUGAACGCGGGAUCCUACGCGCAGCCCAAAGUAGAUGCAAUGUAUUCUUCCGAAUACCAUGUGCGCCAUGACGUCUACCGCCCGAGACUGCACGUUGGAGCGUCACAGGACAAGGAACUCCAGGCAUCCCAGAAGAGUAUGUUUGACCGACCCAAUGAUGAAGUGUUGUAUAUUGCUCGACCUGUUCAGGCAGUCAUGCCGCAGCGACCGAUCGAGGUGACGAUGAGAACGAAUUCCCUCUCUUCAGCGUGAUGGAUCAAUUGCGUGGAUCAUUGUCUCCAUAUCUCGCGAGAUGAGUGGGACUGGCCAAUGAUUUUAACUAAUGACUUCUUGGUAAAUUAUCAUACUAGUGUGCUACGAGCCUGGAGAGGCAUCAGUUCACUCCCAUCCUUGCCGUUCUGAUAGUUGGUUUCUCGAUUCAAGUAUGUAC